CUGCCGACCCGGCUGGAGAGCCCUGCUGAAGGCGGCAACCGCAGGAUGAGCGUGUGGCGGCUCCCAGGCCCCGCGGGGCGCGCUCUCUGCGACCCCGGGGGGAGCCCUCGCCUGCUGAGCGCGUGGGGCCCUUGCUGACUGCGGCGGGCCUGGGUCUCCAUCCGUGCGGAGACGAGACGCUGGUGUGCACGCGCUUCCUCCGUGCCUGUUUUCAUUACCAAGGAUGGAGGGCAACACAUCCUCGUCUUUGGGGAAUUCAGCAGCGGCACCUGUGAACCAGAUCCAAGAAACAAUUUCCGAUAAUUGUGUGGUGAUUUUCUCAAAAACAUCCUGUUCUUACUGUACAAUGGCAAAAAAGCUUUUCCAUGACAUGAAUGUUAACUAUAAAGUGGUGGAAUUGGACCUGCUUGAAUAUGGAAACCAGUUUCAAGAGGCUCUUUACAAAAUGACGGGUGAAAGAACUGUUCCAAGAAUAUUUGUCAAUGGUACCUUUAUUGGAGGUGCAGCUGACACUCUCAGGCUUCAUAGAGAAGGAAAAUUGCUCCCACUAGUUCAUCAGUGUUAUUUAAAAAAAAGUAAGAGGAAAGAAUUUCAGUGAUGUUGAUACCAAUAAGUUUGCCAAUAUUCAGUGUCAGUUAUUUAAAGUGAUAAUGCCCAAUAAUGUCUUUUAAAUGUUUGAGGAUGUUUUAAGUAUAUGCAUUGUCUUCCUGAAGAAAAUGUAAAAAUAAUGAACAAUAAAUUGCAGUGGAUACCUCA